AUGGAGGAGAGGAAGCUGAAUUUAGAUGCUCCAUUCCUAUCCGUGAGACGAACUUCGACUACACCAGAUAUUUCAAGCGAAUCAGAUAACACCAAGAAGAACACGAACCGGAAGACGAGGAGAAGAAAAGUCAAAGAUUCUUGUCAAGAAAAAGAGCAUGACCAGAGCUUCGAUCAUGUAGUGGAACCAUCUUUAGUUCCAUUUCUAUGGGAACAAACACCUGGAAAGCCAAAGACACAUCACCAUCACAUGGCUGCUAAACUAACGGAAGAAUCAGAUCUGAUCAAAGCUCUGGAAAUGGUUUCUUCUACCGCAAGCUUCUCUGCUAAUUGCAGUACCAAUGGAGUAACUGACGAUGAGUUCGAGAAGAAUGAAGACAUAGCGAGUAAUGUAUCCGAAGAUGACGUCAUUCUUGAAAAUCGUGACCUCAUCAUGUCGAGAUUCUUACCAGCUGCGAAAGCAAUGGCAAUGAAACAGAAGAAAGAGUCUACUCUAGACCAAGAAGAGAAGAUGUUGAAGAAGAAGAAGAUACAAAGCAUUACUCUACAGAGAGUCUCCAUGGCAAUUAACCAAAAUUUGAAAAAUAAUGAUUAUGAUUACGAUCAUAACCAUGUUGGUGAAACUGUUGACUCAACUGAUUCCAAGAAAGCUAUGAUUGGGUUCUUGCCACGACUCUGUUCCAAGAAUACAAUGGAUGUUCUUAAUCCGGUUCUAUCUCGUGUCAAGACAUGUCAGAAUGUUGGAGUAAAAUCAGCAUCGCCAAGAAUCUUGAGAUCAAACAAGAUUAUGAGCAAGUCUCAAGAAUCCUAUCCAACACCAAGAUUUUCAACCGAGAUUUCCAAAACCUCUCUCUCGAUCUCGAAAACCAGCCAAGUAGUCCGAAUCCCGAGAAAUACUUCGAGGUUGCAACGAACAGCUUCGUCAGAUGAGAUUCAGAGACAAGACACGAGGUUUCUUGUGGAGGAAGUAAAGAGAAGGAGCAAAAGAAACAAAAUUAGGUCAGAGAAUCUCUCUGUUUCUCAACCUCCAUUGCCUAAAACUCCUUCAGAGUCAUGGCUUUGCCGGACACUUCCGAGAAGCUCGGCCGACGCCACCGUCGUCACCUCCGGUCAAGUCGCUGGUUUCAAGAAGAUGGAGAAGAAGACUCAUUCUCAGUCUGUAAAAUGGGAGACGAUAGUGAAAAAAUCGUAUAAUCAUGAUCAUGUGCGCUACUCAGAGGAGCUUAUUGUUCAUCUUUCUUGUCAACAAAAAUCCUAA